AUGUUUUCCAUGAAGAGAUGGAAAAGCGCCCUCGGGAUUGUUCUGUGCAUAGAAGUCUUUGGGCAUGCAAAAAUGCUCCAAGAGAAUAGCUUGUUCGAAAGCAUUAUAAAGGGAAACAUGAUAUCUUCUAAUGCUGUGGCCAGCCCACCAGGACAGCCUCAAGCUGCACCCCAAAAAGCCCAGAAGGAAACUCCAAAGGAAACUCCGAAGGAAACUCCCAAAAGCACAUCCAAGAAGAGUGUCAAGCCUAGCGAAAAAACGAAGAAAGACGCCCCCAAGAGCACGGGGUCUUCUGGUGGUGGGAUUCUGGGGCUCUUUGGAGGCGGAUCUGGGGCAAAGAGCCAAACAAAAGGCAAGAGCACCACGAAGAAAGACUCCCCCAAGGCCACAGAGUCGGCAGGGAGUGGGCUUUUUGGUCUAUUCGGAGGAAACAAGACAAAGAGCUCAGCCAGCAAGGACGAAGCCAAGAAGUCCAAGUCAAAAAAUCAGGCUAGCAAGUCUAAGGAUGCUAUUAGCAAGUCCAAGUCGAAAGAUGAAGCAAAUAAGUCAAAGUCUAAGGAUGCUAUUAGCAAGUCAAAGUCGAAGGAUGAAGCAAAUAAGUCAAAGUCGAAGGAUGUUGUUAGCAAGUCUAAGUCUAAAGAUGAAGCAAAUAAGUCAAAGUCUAAGGAUGUUGUUAGCAAGUCGAAAGAUGUUAUUAGCAAGUCCAAGUCAAAGUCUGAAGUAAGCAAGUCUGUCAACGUUUCCUCUAGCAGCAAAGCAAUUAGCAAGUCUGUCAGCAUAACACCAGCUGCUAGUGCUAGUGCAAGCAAGCCAUCUAGCUCUGCCGUGAGCAAGUCUGUAAGCAUCACACAGUCUGCAAGUGCUUCAGUCGGUGCUUCUGUAAACAAGUCAGUGAGUGCCUCCAUAAGUGCUUCUGCGACUGUUGUUGAAACUAUAAACAAAAUCACGAAGUACAGCACAGCAGAGAUAAAGAGUGCCAUGGAAGCGACCAACUCAACGUCUAUAACAAAUAUUGCGGUGUAUUUCUCGCAGGACUGCGGCUGCUACAAAGACGCCAGCGGAACUCUGACCAUGAAAAAGAUCAAUGGCGUGAUUGUGGAUGACUCUGGAAUGUUCAAGGGAGAAGAGUGCGGGUGUAAAUCUGCUGAUGAGGUGAAGCAAAAAGCCAAGCUCACAGAAACAGGAUUUUAUCAAACAAACAUAUCCGAUGCAGAUGCAAAGGCACAGGCAGAGUCUGCCUGCAAAGUGUCUCAUCAGCUGUCUGGUACUGUAAGCCAGGUUUCUUCUGUCGGAGUAGUUCCAACUGCUUCUAGUGGAGCAGUUGCAGGAGCAAGUGCUUCUACAGGUGCAGUUGCAGGAGCUUCUGCUGGUGCUUCUUCUGGUGCAAGUGCUUCUUCUGGAGCUUCUGCUUCUUCAGGUGCAAGUUCAGGAGCAAGUGCUGAUUCUGGUGCAAAUGCAGGAGCUUCUUCAGGUGCAAGUGCUGACUCAGGUGCAAAUGCAGAUUCUGGAGCUUCUUCUGGUGCUUCUUCAGGGUCAGGUGCUUCUUCAGAUGCAAAUGCAGGUGCAAAUGCUGAUUCUGGAGCUUCUUCUGGAGCUUCUGCUUCUGCUGACUCUCCAAUGCCAACUGCAUCUCCUGAUUCUGGAGCUUCUUCAAGUGCAAAUGCUGAUUCUGGAGCUUCUUCAGGAGCUUCUGCUGAUUCUGUAGCAAGUGCUUCUGCUUCUGCUGACUCUCCAAUGCCAACUUCAUCUCCUGACUCUGGAGUGGGAAAUUCUUCCUCUGUGGACUCGCCAAUUCCCCUGACAGCAGGACAGCCUCUGGACAUAAGAUCCUCAGCGCAAGUGCUUCCAACAGCGAGUGUACCUGGAAACAGUCCUAUUCAGGGCGGAUGCGCAGGACAGGCCUGCUACGAUGUGGUUCGAUACUUCAAGAUAAAAGUCCCACAGCCCAUUGUUCGGUCUGUGACUGUAUUGCAGAGAGUGACCACCACGCUUGUAAAGCCUACAACUAUGAUGGAAACCAUAAACAAUACUGUAAUGAAAACAGUUGAAAAACUAGUUGAAAAACCUGUUACUAGCGUAGUUAUGAAAACAGUUGAAAAAUUAGUUGAAAAACCUGUUACAAACGUAGUUAUGAAGACAGUUGAAAAACCUACUACAAGCAUAGUGGUAAAGCCCACUACUGUAAUGGAAACAGUUCUGAAAACCAUCUCUGUGAUGCAAACAGUCGAAGUGGAUAGGCCUGUGGUUAGCACGCUCGUCCACCCAACAACAGUAGUUCAGAGGGUUCACAAGCUUAUGACAAUUACCCAGGAAGUUCCCAAGGUUGUUCCUGUCACGAAAGUGCUGACUAUCACGCAGAUGGCACAGCUUGCGCCAACAGCGCCUGCUUGUCCUGUGCAGCAAGGAUGUGCAAUGGAGCAACAUAUUGAAUACAGGACUAUUCCUAUUUCGAUAGAUGCUACUUCGUUCGCAGAAGAGCUGUGCCCGUGCGAGAACUCGUUCUGUCUCAACCCGUGCGCGCCCAUGGCAGACUUAGCAUCACCCCAGGGACACGCUUUAGUGCAAGGAAACAUACAUCCAAGUGAGCCUGUAAGAUCCGAAUAA